GCAUUGAUAACAUUCUCAAAUAUUUUUGAGAAACUAUAAUUACGCGGCUAACUGAAAAACAAUCACUAGUUAUCAUCUUGGUUCACCUCCGAUUUGCUUGUAUAAACAAUCGCAAACUUUUCUUAAUAACAAGCGCUUUAAACUACGUCAUUUCGCACAGUAUUUGGAACUAUUCAAGGUUAAUUCAAAAUGUUAUUUCAGAUUGUAUGUGGUUUAAUUGCUCCUGUUGUGUUGUAUAUUAUUGGAUCAUAUUGUGUUCACUUGUUAGAAUGCAAGAAAUAUCCUCCUGGUCCCAUUCCCUUACCCGUCAUGGGUAACUUGCAUUUACUAGGAGCGGAGCCACAUAAAACGCUUGCAUUGUACUCAAAGAAAUAUGGAAAUGUCUUCAGUAUAAGUUUUGGAAUGCAUAGGAUGGUUAUAAUUUCAGAUAUAGCUGCUACUAGAGAAGCUUUAGUUCAAAAAGCAACUAUAUAUGCAGGGCGAUCAAAAUCUUACGUAGCUCAACUUGUUACGCGUGGAUAUAAAGAUAUUGCGUUUAUGGAUUAUGGACCAUUAUGGAAAGUUUUGCGCAAAGUUGGGCAUUCUUCAUUAAAGAUAUACGGAGAAGGAUACGGACGUUUUGAAAAGUUACUUACAAAAGAAAGCAAAGAGCUACAUAAAAGAAUUUUAGAUAAAUCAAAUAGUCCAAUGGAGUUGAAAACCGAGUUUGGUGUUGCGGUUUUAAAUGUGAUUUGUUUUAUUGUUUUCGGAGAAAGAUAUCAGUAUUCGGACCCAGCUUUCAUUGAAAUACUUACAACUAUAAACAACAUAGUUUCUGGGUUGUCGAAUACAACAGCUGUUGAUUUUUUGCCUGGGUUGCGUUACUUACAAUUUUCUGAGAUUAAAAAAUUGAAAAGUUCACUUGUAAUAUAUUUUCGUCUUUUAAAUGAUCAGUUGAAAAAACACAAAAAAACAUUUGACGAAAAUAACAUAAGAGACUUUACAGAUUCUAUUAUAAAGUUCUCUAAAGACGAAACAAUGGAAAACAAAUUUGAGGAAGAACUCACAGAUGAACAUUUAGAGCAUGUAAUUGGUGAUAUGUUUAUAGCGGGUAGUGAGACCACAUUAACAUCUUUAUUGUGGUUAAUUAUUUACAUGAUACAUUAUCCAAAAUAUCAGGAAGAAAUUUUUGAAGAAAUAACUAGGGUUAUUGGAGAAAACCGAUAUCCACAAUUAAGUGACCGAGAUUCUUUACAUCUUGUGAAGGCUUCUAUAAAAGAGUGUUUGCGUUUAUCUUCAAUUAUUCCUCUAGGAGUACCGCACAAAACAAUGAGUGACACAACUCUCAUAGGAUACAACAUUCCUAAAAAUACUACUGUAAUUAUAAAUCAUUGGCAAAUUCACAACGAUACGAAUCAUUGGAAAAAUCCUAACGAGUUCAACCCUCAUCGAUGGAUUGAUGACGAUAGCAAGUUUGAUGCAACCAGAGCAACAAGUUACUUGCCAUUUUCAGCUGGAACCAGAGUUUGUUUAGGUAAAACAGUUGCUGAAACUGAGCUUUUUUUUUUCUUUACCAGGUUGAUUCGUGAUUUUAAAUUUGAAGGUGUGCCGGGUUGUCCGCUUCCAAGUUUAAUUGGAAAAUGCAGCAUUACCCUUGCUCCUGAAGAGUUUAAUGUACAUGUGACACCAAGAAUAAACAGCCUUAUGUUUAGCAAAAAUGUUCUGCCAGAAUAACAUUAUUGAAAUUAUACGUAUAACCCCUACCCCGUCCUUGUCCUUUUCUAUUACAUUUACUGCGAUAUAAAUUAUUUUUUAAUUUGAGUUUUAAAUUUUAUCCAUUUAUAAGCAUAGUAAUAAAUAGUAAAAUUUGUUAAAUAUAAACAUUAUAUUUGUUAUUUCUGUCGUACUUUUUAAAUACACUGAUGCCGCAUUGGCCAUGCAUUGUUUUUUCUUAUUAGUUUUUUAUUAGUAUUUAAAAACAAAUUGUAAAAAUAUUAUAUAACGCAAUAUAUUCCAAUUAUAAACUAUGCUUUUUAA